AUGGGCAGUACUGAAUAUUUGUUGCCUGAAAUUUCUGCAGGAAAACAGAAAACAAUAGUGUUAGCGAUGGACAAGACUCUUCUCUACUUGACUCGCUGUCGUAAAACAUCAUGUAGUUGGUCUGAGUUAGUUAAAUUAGGAUCAACUGAUAUAACUGCUCAUUUGCAUAAGAGACCCCACGUAGACAGCCUACUUGAGGCAUUGGCAAAACUUAAUUAUGAAAUUAUAGUUUUCACUUCAGCCGAAAAAGAGUAUGUAGACGAUAUCUUGGAUAAAGUGGAUGUUAAUAAAGUCAUAGAUUAUCGUCUGUAUAGAGAUUCAUGUACCAAAGUGACAGAAGGCUCUGUAAAAGAUCUGUCUAAGCUUGGAAGGGACUUAAAGAAUGUUAUUAUAGCUGAUGAUAAUCCUGUGAGCUAUAACUUGCAGCCAGAAAAUGCUUUUCCCAUAAAACAAUUUGUGGACUAUGAAUGUAAUGAUACGGAACUUUUGGAGCUUAUUGAUUUCUGUAAAUUGGCUGCAGAAGCUGAGGAUGUAAGAGAAGCAUUUAAAAUGCAGUUGAAUACAUGUAAUGACGACGAUCAGACUUCUACGAAUGUGAAGUCAGAGUCUUCUGAGGAAGGAGAAUGA